AUGUUACGAUGGUGGCUGAUCCUUUUGGUCGGGUCUACAUUAAUUCCCCCAGCUCUUCUGAAGCGGGGAGGUGGAGGUGGAUUCGGGAGGGGCAGCUCCGGCUCCAGGAUGGGCGGCCGUAUCUCAUCCGGUAGCCGUACCGGAGGCGGUUUCGGCUCCAGCGGCGGCCAUUCCUCGGGUGGCGGCGGAAUUUUCGGAGGGCACAAGAGCUCUGGCGGUGGGUAUAGCGGAGGUACCGGAGGGAUGUCCGGGUCACAUAAUAUGGGACGCAAACCGGCGGGUACCGGAUUCAACACGAGGCCACAAGAUAGCAGAGGUGGUGGUUGGUUUGGCAGGAACCGGAAUUACGGCGGCGGCGGCGGGUUCCAUACUUCGAGGUACAACUCGGGCUCCGGGCGUGGCAGCUUCAUGCGGUCGAAUCAAUUCAAGAAUAUGAUUGUUGGAGCGGCGGCCGGAUACUUGACAUAUCAAGCUGGAAAGCAUAUCAUCAGGAGUAUGACGUCGCCAAUGAUGUGGGGCAAUCGGCCUUAUUACUGGGGCCAGCAGUACUACCAGCCGCGUCAUGGGUAUAAUCAGAUGUGUCGGAUGCCAAUUCAACCUGGAGAUACACAGUUUGGAAAUAUUUAUCAGCAGGAUGGCAUCAGCCGCCCAAAAGAACUCGUCUGGGGUUGCGGACCCUAUGAAGCCUGCUGCGGCAUGGAAUGCUGCUACGUCGGUGGCGGAAACGCGAAUCAACCACUCUCCGUGGGAUCCCUCCUUAUCAUGCUCUUCAUCGUCCUCGUCGCCUUCAUGGUCAUCUUCCACGUGUGCAAAAAGCGCCGCGAGCAGCAGCAGCAACACAUUGUCCAA